AUGCUGGGUGCUAGUUGGUUAGCUGGUUUUGCCCUAACAAAAUUAAGGAUUCUGAAUUUGACUUCGUCGUGUACGAAGGUUGCAGGUGUAAAUGAAAUUUCGAUCCUUCGAUCGUCAUCAGGUAAACAUGUGAUUCUAGCACUAUCUUUCUUGAUAGCCAGUUGAAACGAAUCGAAGGGUUAUGUGCGACUGUUUUUAAAUGUUCAGUUAACAGAAAUAUUAGAAUAGUAAAGGUUAGGAGCAUUUUUGAAAAUGAACGCGGCAGUAUCUCAUGUAAAGGAUCGUGACAAUACCGUCUACAAUAUUCUAUCAGAAAACCAAUUUUAUAUUUUCCUCGAUCAUGACAAUGGUUUUGUUAAAAAAUGGUCUCUUAAAUUGAAACAUAAAGGUAUUUUACUAAUUUAAGUUCUCUGCGUUAUUCCCCAGCUUCAAGGUUAACUAGUCAAGUUAGCAAAGCUAUGACUACUAAAUCUUCAAAGCCUCCGAACAUCCUUAUAUAUACUGGAACUUAUGACACAGAAGGCAGGAGGUUCACUGAGGUUAAGAGGGCACUGUCACAAGUUAUAAAUCUGCAUAGCUAUGUAAUAUACAGAAUUUAUGAACAACAGCUCACCACCCAUCCAUGGGUCGAAAACACCGCUCUAUUGGUUCUAGGAAAUAGUGACUCAGUGUCAACAAAAGUUCAAGAAGUGUUUUUGAAGUAUCUUAAAUGUGGAGGACAGAUUCUAAGCCUGUGUAGUCCAUUUACGUGUCAAGUUGUCAAAAAGCCCUUGGAUGAAUACCAAGAGCCUUUCAUUGGAUCCUUCAGAACAAAUCAAGAAGUAGUCUCUGAAGUGAAGCUCCAUUUCUCUGCACUUUGUCAGCCUUAUUAUUUUGAAGGUGAGCGGUUCUGAGUAACUUAAACCCUUAUGUUUAAAAUACAAGGGAUUGAUUUUAUUUUUUUCAAUAAAUACAGGUGAGAGAGUGAAUAUUAUUGCAGAAGAAGAAACUUCACAGCAACCAGUUAUCAUUCAGAUCUCCGAAGGUUCUGGCAAUGCUGUGUUUAGCCUUGUUCAUUUAGAGUCACUUGCUGAUAAUGGAAAAUUAGUCCGUCUUGAGCAAGACACACAGAACUUAAAAAGCUUGAGAGAAUCCAGUGAUGCCAGAAGGAAGAUGUUGCUGCAUAUUUUAAAACUACUAAAAUUAAGUUUUAAGCCUCUGAAAGUGCCAGAACUGACUCCACUAUUCCUUCUUGGAAAUGAAUUGGUAAGCUUCUUUUCAUAAAAAUUUGAAAGAAAAGUAAGGAAAUAAGAUUUAAAAAAUUAUUGCCUUGUAAGUCAAAAAUUUUCCCCCUUGCUUUUCCACUGACAUACUAUGACAAAAUCAAAUAAAUUGGAAAUGGAGUGCCCUGUAAGUCUUAUUGUGAAAAUAAAACUAUUAACUAACUUUCACCUCGUAUUACAAGAAGACAUCAAGCAUGUGACCAAUAUGAUAUUAUAAGUUAAACCUAUUCCCUAACUCCUACUCAAUCUGCCAUGGAAAUAUCUCUAUCUUUACCAUGCCACUUACGCUUGCCCAACUUUCUCCAAAUAAUAACAUUUUAAGAUAUAUUUCAUGUAACAAUCAUGGUUAAAUGCUAUUUGUCUCUUAUAAUUUAAAGGAUAAACAAAAACUUAUGCAGUCUUUAAGAUCAUCACUGGAGGACGGCAUCUGUAAAGGAAACCAGCUCUCACUACACUUUGUGGCAAGUGAUGAAAUGCAUAUUCCAAAUGUCACAGAGGAGAAAUUACCAGUUAUCUGUCAUGAUGAAAACUCUAAGGCUGUUUCUUUUAACUGGAGCACCUACCAGAAAUACUUAAAAACUAAAGUUUUGGGAAAAGUUGUCUUCUACACUGAUGUAAUCACAUCCACACAAACAAUCUUUGAUGGGUUAGUAUUUGCCAUCUGUACCAAGAAUAAUGCAUUUUUUAAUAUGAAAAUUAAAAGUGCUUUUCUUGAAUAAGCUCCUCCUUCGUAAAAGUGCUUCUUGAAGAUAAUGGCUGACCUUCAACAGGCUCAGAAGUUAAAUUAUUCAUGAAGUGCCAUGCAUAAGGUAUUAAGUGUGGAUAAGUUUUCUAAGUACACCAGUUAAAAAGCAGGCUCCUGUCUCUGGACAACUGAAGUAUCCUGAAACGGUUUUCCAUGUUUUAUUGCUCAAAGUCAUGCUCUAUUCUCACUACUCUUUGUUUUUUCUUUUUUUUAAAUUUCAUUUUAAUUUAGGAAUUAUACCUUUACUUCAAAUAUCCCUGAAGAUGUGGGGAUGGUUGUUGUUGCAGGACAGCAAGUUAAAGGCCAGGGUAAGCCAUGUGAUAAUCUACAUGAUAAAAUUGUGUGUAUCUCAUUGGCUGAAAACAAGUCCAUUUUUCAGGUAACACGAGUGCAAAUUACAAAUAGCAUGCAUGCUGUCAAAAUUUCAUCUCUGUCAACUUUCUGUGAUGCUUUUUUUUCAAUGUACUAAAUUAUCAUAAAGUCACAACAUGAUUCAUGUGCUGUCUUUGAAAUAUUUGCUUGUGCUUAUGAACACUAAAUUGCACUCAAAACCAUGAUGUUAACUAAUUACAAAUGUUAGUGAGCUCAUGAUAAUCUUAGCAAAAUCUUGGCAUAAACAGUUUGAGGGUACACCUCAUUUGAUCUGGAUUCUUAAAUUUGCAUUAUGAUAGUAGUUGUUAUUAUUAUACAAAUGUAUCGAAUUGAAUGGGCUUAAAAUUUCCCCUUUUGUUAAUAAUGUAAGUAGAGACCUAGUGUAUUAAUUAACAUAGAUGUAUUAAUUCAUAUUUCAUCACAGAUUGCAUUUGUGUCAACAUAUAAAUAAAACUUAAUUUUUUUGCAUCAAACCACAGGCCGAGGUGGAAAUGUGUGGCUGUCUCCAUCUGGUUGUUUAAUGUUUUCCCUUCAUGUUAAAAUUCCAUUUGCAUCCAACCUUGGUAAAAGACCACCCUACCUACAGCACAUUGCUUCACUGGCUGCUGUGGAGGCAAUCACAUCUCAACCAGGAUAUGAAGUAAAUACAUAAAACAGCUGCUGAUAAAUACACUAUGACAGAAAGAAAUGCUGAAUUGGAGAUGAUCAACUAUUUGAUGUGGGAGGAAAUAAGUACAUCCUAUCUUUAGAACAAUAACAAACUUGAUAUUCUGGCUGCAUCACACUGAAUGCAAUUGAGGGUGAAGAAAUCAUUGUCUUCACAAACCAUUUAUCCCUUUUUUUUCAACUUAAUCUGAAGUUUAAAGAAAUCUGAACCUGGAAAUGGAGAUUGCUAUUUUUGUUUAGAAAAUUUAUGGUGGUUUGAACUAUUUCAUCUUUUGUUUCUUAGUUUUAACAUUUAGGCAAGGGCUGAGAUGCCUGAGAUGUUUUUAAUAUUUAGAAACGUGGAUAUUACUGCAGAAGUCAUUUGACUCACAGUAUGUUUGUUUCUUAACAAAGGAUAUCAACAUCCGCCUCAAAUGGCCAAAUGAUGUUUAUUUUGGCAAUAAGAUUAAAAUUGGAGGUGUUAUUGUGACAUCAUCAGCAACAGAUAACAUGCUGAGUGCUGUGAUGGGUAAGUGUUGCUGUGUUUAUCUAAAAGUCUACUUUCAUUGGUAGCUCCAGUUGGUUAAUUUUAGCAACCCAAUUAAGUGCUGAAGAGAUGUAUCCAUCAAAACACUUUCCCAUUCAGAGGUACUACUGUAGUUGCUAUACGCUAAUUCUAUUGUCCAAGCAAAAUACAGUAAUAUGUAGCCAAAGGGUCAAGAAAAAAAAAUGGUCUGGCUGAUGAACCUUGAAGUUGGUUGAUUUGGCCACUUACCUCACUAACUGUUCAAAGUAAGAUUUGAAACUGACAACAGGAAUAUCAUUUGUUGGAAUAUAAUUUGUCCAAUCUAUUUGAUCAAAAGUUUUCCCUUGAAUCACGACACUUCCAAAUUCUGUCAAUUUAAAACAGAAGUUCAGGCUAAGGUCAUAUUGACUAAGGAAUUAGUGGCAUUCUUCAUUAAAUUAUUGUUUUUCUCACUGAGGAAUGGGAAUUAACAUCAGCAACACAGAACCUACCAUCAGUGUUAAUGAGAUCAUUUCACAGUAUAAUAGUGAUUGUGGGACUGACCUAAAGCAGCUGACUAUGGAAGAGAUGCUGGCAAGAACAGUCAACAAAAUAGAAGCCCUUAUUGAGGACUUCCAGGAGAAUGGUUCUGCACCUUUUCUGAAAAAAUACUACAACCGCUGGCUUCAUAGGUGUGUAAUAGGAUAAUUUUUGUUAAUUAUAUUGUAUGCUGAUGGCUGGUCAACAGUGCAUGUUAUAUGGUCACUGUUAAUUUGGUAUCAGACUGAAAAUAUUAGUCACAUGAGAAGGAUAAAUUUCACACCAAUGUAAAAUUUGUAUUAUUGAUGAGGGAUCAUAUCAUCUAGGUAUCACACUGUUAACUGCUGAUGUUUUUUUUUUUUCAAUUUUACAGUAGGUGAACUAACAGUUUAGAAUUUUUUGUCAUGUUUUGAUCUUACAAAUUUGACCCUUUGAGGAUCUUACCUACCAGUUAUUAUAAUUAAUGCUGAAAAAUAACUGCACAAUCAAACUAACAUUAAAUACUAUCAAAUGGAACAAUGAUUGGUUCUAAAGACUGAAAUUUGUUUAUUUUAAACUUGUGUAAAGUAAGUAUGCCAAGUCAUAUGACAUACAAGAUAAUGUAGUUGUGGCAAAUAAAUUUAUAAAGUCUCAAAUUUUAAAGUACCACUUUUCAAAGACAAAAUAGUGCCAUCAUAUACACCCUUAAUUGCAAGCCUGACCCCAGUUGUUUUAAGGGUGGAUAAUGCUAUCUACUGGAUAAAUCUCUAUAUCAUGAAUAGUGCAGUAUGAUUUGUUAACAUUUAUCCACCCAAUAGUGAUAUAUCUGUUAGAUAGCUUUAUCUGCCAAUUGAACAACAGGGCCUGGUACUUUAAAUUAAACUAUGUAUUCUUGAAUCUAUUUUCAGUGAAGUGACUGUUAACCUGUCAGUGAAUGACAUGAAAGACAAGGAGGAAGUGAUGAUAAUAGGACUUGAUGAAUUUGGUUACUUAUUAGUGCAAACCAAGUCUGGUAAAUUAUUAUCAGUACAACCAGAUGGAAACACUUUUGACAUGCUGAAAAAUCUAAUUGCCAUAAAAAAUGGCUAGCAACAUCAAUCAACUUUAGGCUUGUACUUCUUUUUUAAAAUUACAAUUGUUUGAUAGUUGAAAUUUUACAAGAUUUACUGUGCUAGAUGGGAGAAGCACCUUGGAUUUCAAGA